GUAUUUUGAGUACUUAUCAGUCAGUGGUCGUGACAUAAUUUGUAACCGUACUUGAAAUAUCGUUCCCUUAGCUUGGCUGGAAAGUACAGGGUCUUAUUACAGAACUUGACUACCAGUUGUUUGAGGUGAGGGUAUCUUUAUGUUUAACAGCGAAAUAUAAGCUCAUUACAUUAAACUUAAAAGCGCAAUAAACCAUCUUGACGUUAAAGCUAAUGUUAGCUACCGAGCAAUCAACGUUAGCCAAUGCUCUUCGCUCCGAGAACUGUCGAAGUUGCAGCAUGUUAGCUUAUUUCGUGUUAUUUUCAGCUUGCCUGAAGAUAACUCUGAUAUUAGCAUAUCGAAACUUAACGAUAAACAGUUGUCUAACGUUAGUUAGCUACUUGUUGUGUGCUAACGUUAACGCAGUAGUGAUUUGUUGGUUUGUUGACAUAGCUAGUUAACACUUAGCUAGCGUUAGUUAGCUAACAUAACACAAGGAAGUGGUUUCCACUAACUUAGUUACCACAGCCACGUAAAAAUGAAUGACAACCACAAUUUAGGUUUGUCUUAAUUUAAUGUUAGGCUUGGGUAUACAUUUAGCGGUGGGUUUAGGUUUAAGAAUAAGUUACAUUGUGGAAAUAGGCGGGCUUUAUGAUUCUGUUGUAGGAACCAAAAGUGUUUUUUAUUUUAUUAAUUUUACCUUUAUUUAACUAAGUUAGUCAUUUAAGAACAAAUUCUUAUUUUCAAUGACGGCCUAGGAACAGUGGGUUAACUGGCUGUUCAGGGGCAGAACGACAGAUUUGUACCUUGUCAGCUCGGGGAUUUGAACUAGUAACUUUCCGGUUACUAGUCCAACGCUCUAACCACUAGGCUACCUUGCCACAAUUGUUAACGAGUUACGUUACUGAUAUGUCACAGCUAACUUUUUAUGUGUAGAUGUUAAGCGAUUUAAACAGCAUAACACAUACCAGCUAGCGUUUAGCUAGCAUCUGUCCAGCCAAUCAUGGGAUAGCCUACUUCAGCUGUAUUAAUACAUUUUGUUCUGAAGUCGGAAAUGAAGUAUGUCCACAGUCCAGUCACAUCUGACACGAUAUGAGACGUGACAAGCAGACAGUCAGGCUAGCUUUUCACCAGAGCCAUGCCAGGGGCAGCGCGUUCCUUUCAUUGCAGCUGAUGCGGCGUUCCAAGCGCAUGCGACACCCUGAUGGCUGGGUUGAGGAGUAUAGCUAUGAGGAGAAGCAGGACAUUCGCAAACGGCAGAGGCGAAGUUCCCAUAGCAGUGACCGGGAAAAGAGACAGAGGCGGUACCACCACGACAAAACAUACGAAAGGUGUCACCUUGACUCUAAGAAGCUGGAGCGCAGAGCCCAGGAGCCCAGUGUGGAGCGAGAGAGCCAUGGGGACAAGGAGAGGGAUGGGGCCAUGGGUGAGACGUGUAAGGAGCGGAGGAACAGAGACUGGCACCACUACAGCAAAUCUUCCGCACGCAGUGGCCGUAGCCACCAGAGCUGUCGCACACGACACCGCUCCCGCCGUCACAGCCAGGGGCGCUCAGACUCGAGGAGUCACCGCAGGAAGAGAUCCAGAAGUUUUGAGGAUGAUGAGGAGGGUCACCUGAUCUAUCACAAUGGACUCGUACUAAAAGCAAGAUAUGAGAUUGUAUCCACUUUAGGAGAAGGGGCUUUCGGGAAAGUGGUGGAAUGUAUCGACAACCCAAAUGAUGACACGAGGGUGGCACUGAAGAUCAUUAAGAACAUUGAUCGUUACCGGGAGGCUGCUAUGUCUGAGAUAGAGGUGCUGGAACAGAUGAACUCCCUGGAUGAUGAGAGAACCUUUGGCUGUGUGCGUAUGCUGGACUGGUUCGAUUACCAUGGCCACAUCUGCAUUGUGUUUGAGCUUCUGGGUCUCAGCACUUUUGACUUUCUGAAGGAGAACGGCUUCAUGCCUUUCACUGUGGACCAGAUCAGACACAUGGCCUACCAGAUCUUCAGAGCUGUGUCCUUUCUCCAUCGAAAUAAACUGACCCACACUGACCUGAAGCCAGAGAACAUUCUCUUUGUCAAUUCUGACUAUGACAUGGAAUACAAUGCCAAAAUGAAACGGGAUGAGAGAACUUUGAAAAACCUAGAUGUGAAAGUGGUGGAUUUUGGUAACGCCACCUUUGACCAUGAGCACCACACCUCUGUGGUCUCCACCCGCCAUUACAGAGCACCGGAGGUCAUCCUUGAGCUGGGGUGGAAUCAGUCAUGUGAUGUGUGGAGUCUGGGCUGCAUUCUCCUAGAGUACUAUCUUGGGUUAACACUGUUCCAGACGCAUGACAGCAAAGAACACCUGGCCAUGAUGGAGAGGGUUCUGGGGCCCAUACCUGUCCACCUACUACAGAAAACGAAGAAGCGGCGGUAUGUGCAUCAUGACCGGCUGGACUGGGAUGAACACAGUUCCUCAGGGAGAUAUGUGAGGAAGCACUGCAAACCACUCAAGCAAUACAUGUCCUCCAGGAGCUCAGACCACGAGCAGCUAUUUGACCUGAUCCACAGUAUGAUGGAGUAUGACGUGUCCAGGAGGCUCACCCUGGAAGAGGCCAUCUGGCAUCCAUUCUUCCACCCCAUGAGGAAGGAGAGGAAAAAGUGACCCUGAAGACCACAGCACUCACUACUCUACAUUUCUCUACUCCAAGGGAGACUUCUAUAGACUGCAUCAGUCCGCUAUCUAUGAGAUUAUUACCCUUGUUUACAUACCGAUUGAGUUUACCUGCCUGCUUCCUUCAGAUUUAAUUUAUUUAACUUGUGAAUCCUCUUGAUCCCUUUUGAUUUGUGAAUAAAUUUGUUUACUAUGUUCUCAAAAUUGUGUUCCUUCAUAUUGAACUAACCCCCUUUUUUUUUACUUCAGAUUAAUUGAUUUGACAUAGAAUAUUGUCAUCGGGAAAAUAUUAUUGCUCUUUAAAGUUGAUUGAUUGCUAGACAUAUUUUCUGGUAAUUUUCAAGGCACUAUGUAUGGUCAGUAAGACAGUGAUAAGAAUGCAGUCUAUUGGUCUACUUGUAGUAGUCAUAUUUAUCCAGUUGAUGGCAAUACAACAUCCCAUGACUAGAUUCCAGUUCCACACAUGCAAGAGAUGGGAUUUGAAAUAGACAAGUGCACUGUCCUUGAUACGUUUUAAAAUGUAUUUGUUGAUACAACAUUUGAAUAAAUAACAUUGAGUGUGACAUUUCAA